UAUGAAUGUCUUGUUUUACUAUGUAGAUUGAUUGAUGAUUGAUUGAUUAUCUCUGUUUCAGUUCUAAACUAUCUAAAAUGCCUAAAAAGGUAUCUUCUAAUUGGCCACAUGAGAUUGAUUGGGUCAGACGGAGUUUGACCACCACUCCUAGCAAGCGUGGAGCUGAAGGAAGGAUUACGACGGUCCGGCUGGAAGAUACCAUGCCGGACCGUCGAUAUAGAGAUGGCACCGUGGCAAUCAGGGUGAGUAACAUAUCUGAGAACGUCCAAGAGAAUGACCUCCAGGAGCUGUUUAAAUGGUACGGUCAUGUUGCCAGGAUAUUCUUUCCCAAGAACAAGGUUACAGGACUCUGUAAGGGAUUCGCCUUUGUCCACUACUACAAGGAGGAGGAGGCGGCGAGGGCGAUUGCUACCCUCAACGGCUACGGCUACGAUCAUCUUAUCCUUAGCGUGAAAUGGGCUAAAUCUUAAACUGAUCGUUAAUUCGCCAUCUUCAAAUAAAAAAUUCCACAUUUA